AUUAUGUCGAUGUUUCACCCUAUUGCAUAUUAAUCUAUUUCAGUUUUCACUGCUAUGCUAAAGAAGCCAUCAUUCACCACUCAUCGUAUAGCUGCCGAAUCAAGGAUGAUGUUUCUCUCUCUCUCUCUCUCGCUCUCUCUCUCUCUCACACAAACACACACACACACACACACCUUACGAGCACUCUCUCUCUUUCUCUCUCACGAGCAAAUCAACUAACGAGUUUUCUAAGAUGCGAGCCGUCGCGCGGUCGAUGUUUUGCGAGCCCGUUAUCUGAGUUGCGAGCGAGGGAGCGAGCUAGCUUACGCCACCCGCCACAGCGGCGCCACUAGUAGGUACCCCAGCCAGAGGUUUUCUCUUUUCAUUCAGUUCACAAGGCCAUCUGGCUGUGCUAGCAUCCCGUCGUAUCCUGUUGUUCUUGUUUUCGCAUUUUGUUUAUUUUGGAAAAUUUGUUUAAUCUGAACCAUGGAUCCUAAGGAAGUGAGUGCCGAGAUCAUUGCUGAAAAGAAGAAAAGGAUGAUGUCCUUGGAUCUGAAGCACAAAAUCAUUACAGAACACGAGCGUGGCGUGCGUGUUGUCGACUUGGCGAGGCAGUAUAACCGUCGUACCUCUACGAUAUGUACGAUUUUGAAGAAGAAGGCAUCGAUAAUGAGUAUCACGCCAGCCAAGGGCAUCAAGAUUAUGUCAAGGCUCCGGUCCUCUGCCCAUGAAGUGAUGGAGAUGUUGCUGUUGGUGUGGUUGACGGAGAAGCAGCACGCGGGAGAUUCGGUGACUGAGAGCAUCAUCUGUGUGAAGGCGAGAGACAUUUACAAGGAUUUGGUGGAGCAGAUGGGAGGAACAUCAAAAGACAAGGCAUUGGCGGAGUCGUUCAAAGCCAGUCAUGGAUGGUUUGAUAAUUUUAAAAAGAGGGCAAGCCUUAAUUCUGUCGCCAGGCACGGUGAGGCAACAAGCUCGCAAGCGAAGGCAGCUGGGGAUUUCAUUAUAACUUUUGCCAAAUUAAUAGAAGCUGAGGGAUACAUCCCCCAGCAAGUCUUCAACUGUGACGAGACAGAGCUCUUCUGGAAAAAGAUGCCGAGGAGUAUGUGUAUAGCGACAGAGGAGAAGAGCUUGCCAGGCUACAACCCUAUGCAGGAUAGGUUAGCCCUUGCACUGUGCGCGAAUGCGAGUGGCGACUGCAAAAUUAAGCCGCUACUCGUGCAUCACUCUGAAAACCCCAGAGCCUUUAAGUCUCAUAAGAUACUUAAAGAAAACCUGCAGGUUAUGUGGAGGGCAAACCCUAGGGCAUGGGUCACCAGGGAGUUUUUUGUGCAGUGGGUAAACCUGGUCUUUGGUCCUGCAGUCAAGAAGUACCUUUUGGAAAAUAACCUACCCCUGCAAGCCCUUCUCGUCCUUGACAAUGCUCCCGCCCACCCACCAAACCUCUCAGACGGCCUCCUGGAAGAAUUUAAGUUUAUCAAGGUCCUCUACCUCCCAGCCAACGCCACCCCUAUCCUGCAGCCCAUGGAUCAGCAAGUGAUUACAAUUUUCAAAAAGCUCUUCACCAAGCACCUGUUCAAGCGCUGCUUUGAGGUGACGGAGAGCACAAACCUCACCCUUCGAGAGUUCUGGAAUGAUCGGUACGAUAUCGUGACCUGCCUCCGAGCGAUCGACAUGGCCUGGCAGGGCGUUACAAGGAGGACGUUAAACUCUGCGUGGAAGAAGCUAUGGCCGGAGACUGUGUCCGAGAGGGACACCGUUGAAGGAUUCGAGCCUGAAGCGUCAGUGGUGGAGGAGAUUGUGUCCCUCGGAAAGUCCAUGGGCCUGGAAGUGAGUGAAGGAGACGUGAACGACCUGGUCGAAACUCGCAGUGGGGAACUGACGACGGAGGAACUGAUGGAUCUACACUUUGAACAAGUUGAGCCAGGUAGUGGUGGGUUGGCGUUGCGUAACGACACUCGCCUCGUUCGUUUCCAUAAGAUUUCGGAAGAGAAGAGGGAUCAAACAAACCUUGGAGAGGACAAAACAAAAGAUUAUAUUAAUAAAGGCAAUAGUUCAUCUAUUGCAAAUCCAAGAUUAAUUCUGCCCAAGCUGUCCCUCAUUCUAGUGCCAUGUGCUCCAGAAGUGCCUAAAGAGACCCAGUCAAAAAGUGAGGAACCACCCAAAGCUGCAGGAAGUGAGGAACCACCCAAAGCCUCGGAGAAUCAAGAACCACCCGAUAUUUCAGAUAGUCAAGGGCCACCCAAUGUUUCAGAAAGUCAGGGAUCACCUGGAGUUUCAGAAAGUCAACCAGUUGUUCAGAAUGCUGCCAAACAACAAAACGCUGCAGACAAUUUAACUGAUGUAUUGCCUGUUAUUACAAGUACGCCACCUCAUCAUAGUGCAAGUAUGAAAUUAAAAGAAAUCAAAGAGGAGCUACUAGAUAUUUCAGAAGUGUACACUGACCAAGAUAUCCCAACUGAAUAUGGUAAUUUGUCACCUGUUCACCACAGAUCACAAAUAACAAAGGAAAAACUGGAGACCACGGGAAAUGAUCCUUUGCAAUUAGACUGUUUUGACAGUGAUGAUGUAACAGAGCUAGUGACUGAUAACAGCCAACCCUGUAGGACAGACACUAUUGAAAAAAAGAAAGUGAUAGACACUCGUAACAAAAGGAAGGGGACAGAAACUCCUAACAAAAGAAGAGGGACAGACAUUUCUAACAAAAGGAAGAGGAAAAGAAAAACUUCAGACGAAUCUGAAGAACUUACAGGAUCAAAUGAGAUGGGUGAAGAGAAUCGAAUGGAAGAAAGCGGUUGUGAUACUUUUGGUAAAUUUAUUGCCCUACAAUUAAGGCAGCUGCCAAUUAAGAAUGCCCUAAAUCUUCAAAUGGAUAUCCACAAUCUAAUUGCUAAAGAACGCCUCAAGGUACUUCAAGAAGAGAUGGGAAAGCCAGUAAAGGUUGCAAACAAGAGACCCAGAAAUGACAGCUCACGACAUAAAAGCUCAACCAAAAAAGCAGCCAAGGACAAAAUCACAUACAGAGAAAAGACCACAGUAAAUGAGGAGCCCAAUACAAAAUCAAGAUCCGUAAAGAAAACUGCUUCAGUUACAAAACAAAGCAAAGACAGCAUACAACAAGAAGUCCCUCACAAAAGAAGCCGUUACAGCGGCUCUCCAGAAAAACAGAGUCCAGUGACAACAUGUCUUGUGCUAGACAAGGGCAGUCCAUACCAGGGAAUUCCACUGACAAAACCCAUAGUAAAUCCAGAGUUUAGAGUCCAAGGCUCUUUAGGAGAGAGUAGCCCAGUGAUAACGGCUGCUAUAGUUCCACAACCUAAUGAGCUCUACACUUUUGGAAAGCCUUUUGGAAAUGAAAGCCUAUUGAAUAUACCCUUAACUAAAAGUGAAGCCUACCAUGAUGACAUUAGCCCCUGGGAUGCACCAUCGCCUAUUUCAGUCAAAUCUGAAGCAGAAAGUAUUUCUUCGCUGUGAUGUAAUUUGUGUAUAUGAUAUACCCAAGUUGUUUAGAAUGUACUUUGCUCAAGAAAUCCUAUAUUCCCCGCUGUAUUUACAGUCAUUUAUUGGUCUCAUGAUCUUGUGGUUCUUGUAUAUCAACAUUAAAUUUUAUUUUUUUAA